AUGCCAGAGUUCGAUAUCAUGCCCGGCAAUCCCAAGUAUCCGACCGUCACCAGCAUCUCGAAUAAGCAAAUUGAUUUGAUCAGUAAUGCAAAUCCUCAAGCCAAAGACAAACGAGUUUUUGGGUGGGACAUGCUGGUCUUCGACAAUUCUAUAAUAUCUGUGCUCGUCGGAACAGGCAGUGGCAAAGCAGACUUUCGUGUGCAUAAGACGCUCUUUACAUCCAGAUCCAAAUUCUUCGAGCGCGCUACUAGCAACGACUCACAAGGGAAAGGUGAAUUGUUAGUAACGCUACUAGAUGAAGAUUCCCAUACUUUUCGUCUAUACCUCAACCUCGUAUACGCAAAUCAGCUGGUCACCAGAGGUCCAGAAGAGUGGCCGACGCUGUGUCAGCUAUACAUGUUGGCGGAAAAACUACAAGAUACCAAAUCCAAGAACCAGAUCGUUGAGGGAAUGUACAGUUUCUUGAAUGAGCUUCUCUUCAAACCCUGGUCACCUUCUACCAGAUCGAAACAUUAUCUCCCUGCUGUAGCAACGGCAAUGCUGUUCGAGGGUAUGACCAAAACAAGUCGGGUCAGGGCGCUCCUUGUGGAUUUCUACGCAGACUUUGGUGACCAAAUCUUGCUUCGGGAGGCGAAGGCAAUAUUGCCGGUCGAUUUCAUCUACGAUGUUGCCGUCCGAUUGUUGGAAAAGCGCGGCCAUGUUAUCUUUGGCUCACAAAUGGUGCACCCUCCGUCUUACUACUACGAAUUCAGGAUUUCUUUGCCAGAGAAUACUGGCACUGUCACCAAAGAAACAAAGGAGGCCUCGAUAGACGAACGGAGCGACACGGUCAAUGUUGCUAAAGCAGUGGGGAAGGACUCUACAAAAACUGACGGAAAUUCCAAAGCUACCAAGCCUGACCCGAAGCUUGGAAGUCUACUCGGGACAGCUUCUCAUGUGGGGACACCGGCUGCGGACAAUGCACUACCGCUCCUCAAAGGGCUCGCAACGACAGUGAAAUGA